CACACACACUGUAUCUGUAUCCGUCUCUAUUCCCUCCUACAACCCCCCACCGCCACUCUAUCUUUAUCUCAGGAGACAGAAGCAACAGUUAUCAAUCACGUGAUCACACGAGUCUAGUCUGCGUUAGCCACUAGACGCUGUAGAGAAUACACAGAGGGAGCGCCAGGAGAGCUCCAGGAGUGAGGAAGAGGCGGAGGGGAGAGGGAGGCUGUUGCCACGGCAACCAGAGCCGCGGUGGUCGUCAUCAUGAGGCUUCUUCUGCAUUGUGUGUGAGUUCACCCUCCUCUCUCCAGACAGGGCGAGAGGACAUCCCCCUCCAACGCUGUGCCAACAGAGAGAGGAAGAGAGAGAAGAGCGAGCGACACUCACAGUAGAGAGAACGAGAGGGGAGCGAAAGAGAGAGACUGAAACCCCAUAAUGCACUGCACGCUGCAGGGCUGAAGUCGUGUAGAUUCAUCAGUUCCUGCUCGUGGGGAUUGUGUGUUAGCGCACACACGCACACACACACUCCCAUACGCCCGGACCGAGUGCGAGAGACAUACACAGUCAACCAGGCAGAGAGCAGUGCCUUUUUUUCUGCUGACCCCUGGGGCUGUUUGGCUCCACUGAAGCCACCUCUGCCUCUGUGCCUGUCCAUGUCUGCCAGAGUUGCCAGCCACACCAGGAGCCCCAGGACUGCCAACCCCAUCCACUGAGCCAGUCUCCACACCACUGACACCUCCCUCCUCCCCUCCAUCUCCUGCCUCCUCCGUCAGCCAGACCAUCCAUGUCAGUCAGCCCUCUUCUGGGGAAGUCAACCACUCCAACCUCCUCUGCACACAGAGUCUGAUAGUGAGGACAGCUUUUAUCGGCUCUUGUGAUCGGAAGGAGAUUGUCCCUUUGCUGUCCCCUCCUCCACAGCCUACUCCACCUCAUCCUUUUCUCUCUCUCUCUCUCUCUCUCUCUCUCUCACUCUCUCCCUCCUGUUUCCUUCUUUCCUCCAGCCCUGCAUCAUUUCAUCAUGGGCCAAGUCAAUCGAUAAUGCGUUUUGCCAUUCAUCUCAUCUGACAGCUCAGCCGUGGAGCAAGGCGAAAGUGUGUGUGAGAGAACGAGAGAGAUAGAUUGCAGAGCAAACGCCUGUGGCCGUCACCAGCCGGGGCCCUGGGUGAUAGCCGCUGAAGGAUUCCUAUUACAGCCAUAAACAGACUCUUAGGAUGGGCUGCAGGCUGUAGGCGAGUCCCAGGCCUUAAGAGUCUGACCUGCCGGACAAAAACCUCUUAAAACUGGAUUUUUUACCCCCCAUGUCAUUUACUUAUUCAUUCUUCUCAUUUGUCCCAGUGUCAUUAGAAACAUACAGCGGCACACAUAAUUGCAUUUGCUGGAUAGCUGUCCCCCUUAAUCGACCCCUUCUGCCUGGUUCAAAAUGGCGAUGAAUAUGACAUCGAUCCGGGACACAAAGUGGCUGACGUUGGAGGUUUGUCGGGAGUUCCAGAGAGGAACAUGUUCACGACCGGACAGCGAGUGCAAGUUCGCCCACCCUGCCAAGAGCUGUCAAGUGGAAAACGGCAGAGUCAUUGCCUGUUUUGACUCACUCAAGGGCCGCUGUUCCAGGGAGAACUGUAAAUACCUCCAUCCUCCUCCUCACCUAAAGACCCAGCUGGAGAUCAAUGGAAGGAACAACCUCAUCCAGCAGAAGAAUAUGGCAAUGCUGGCCCAGCAGAUGCAGCUCGCGAAUGCAAUGAUGCCCGGCACACAGCUCCAGCCAGUGCCCAUGUUUUCAGUCACACCCAGCCUUGCAACCAAUGCCAACGCUGCUGCGGCAGCUGCAUUUAACCCCUACCUUGGCCCCGUGUCGCCCGGCCUGAUGCCCGCUGACAUGUUGCCCAGUGCCCCGGUACUGGUCACCAGCAACCCCAAUGUCCCCGUUGGUGCUGCUGCCGCUGCACAGAAACUCAUGAGAACAGACAGACUGGAGGUAUGUCGGGAAUACCAGCGGGGCAACUGCACACGCGGGGAGAACGACUGCCGCUUUGCCCACCCUGCGGACAGCACUAUGAUCGACACCAAUGACAACACCGUCACCGUGUGUAUGGACUACAUCAAGGGCCGCUGUUCGAGGGAGAAGUGCAAGUACUUUCACCCGCCGGCUCACCUGCAGGCCAAGAUCAAGGCCGCCCAACACCAAGUCAACCAGGCUGCGGCCGCUGCAGCCAUGACUCAGUCGGCUGUCAAAUCAAUGAAGCGACCCCUCGACGCAACUAUUGACCUGAGACCUGCACUUGAAAAAGCCAACGGUGCCACCACUAUGUUCAACGCUGGCAUGUUCCAGUACCAACAGGCCCUGGCCAACAUGCAGUUUCAGCAGCAGGCUGCCUUCAUACCAUCGGGCUCGAUAUUGUGCAUGACACCUGCAACAAGUAUUGUACCCAUGAUGCACGGUGCUACUCACGCCAACGUGUCUGCAGCCACCUCAUCUGCCACAAGUGUUCCCUUUGCAACCGCAACAGCCAAUCAGAAGCUAUUCAUCCAACACUGUGUUUAUUUGGAUUCCAAUGAUAUCUGCAGACCAUCUGACUAGUCACAAGUAUGUGACCCAGAUGUAGGAGUCUCAAUCAGAACAACGGAACUGGAACGUGCUGGUGUCGAUUCCGAGAUUAGCGCUCACCCUUCAUGCCUGUAACAUCGAGAGCAAAGCAACGAGAACAGAAAUGUGGACUGGUUUGGAAUAAAUCUGCAUGUUAACGUAGGAGGCUGGGUUUGUCAGGAUUGUUUCCCUGUGUAUUUCAUGCACACUAUUACACGACAACAGAAAAGAACACCAUUUGCAUUACAGACUGACUUCUCGCUCGGUAGAGGCCGCUUACCUUUAUUCACCGGAAACACUUUGAAUGUGAAAAAUGAGGUAAAUGUGUGGAGCAGUGGACGAGGUGAUCGACUGCUGGAUUGGUACGUCCAUCGACCAAGAAUCAUGACUUCUGCUGUUUGUUUGUUCAUCGAUUGUUGGUCUUUGACCUAAAUGUGUCCAUUUGUUUACACAAAGGUGCACCUUGUACUUCAGUUGGGUAAACAGAAACAAAAAUGAUCUUACUGAAUCACAUAUGCAUGCACACUGAUUUUUUCUUUCCGAUUUUUUCUUUUUGUCAAACCAAAUUACAUGAGUGCACUCAGAGGCAAAAUAGCAACUGAAUGUGUGUGAGGUGUCUUUCAAACCUUUGUAGCCUGCCUUUCUGUCUUUGAAGCACAUGUCUUUAACCUUGCAGGCGUCCCUGUAAAGUGCCAUACAUCUCAAAACACAUGAAUGGUAUUCAAGCAGUGUUAACAAAGUAUAAAACUCAACGAUUCCCUUUAAUACAACUCUAUUUUCUCUCUUGGACAGCAUGUAGUGUCCGACACCGUGACCUGUCAUUACCUGUGAUUCCCAAUAACACCACUGCUGAUUAGAUCACCUUCCCCAGAUUGUCUGCUUUACUCAGAUCUUCUACUGAAUGAAUAGAAUCAUAAUUUUAUCCAUAGACUUUACUGUUGAUGUCAGUUGUAUAGAUGGGAUCUGUGCACACAAAGAAAUCUCCAUGUCCGCAAAGUCGAUUGACUCUAAAAGUCAGAAGAGUUGUUUGUGGGAGACCAGAGACUCUCCCAGCGAUGAUGACGAGGAUGAUGAUGAUGUAAUAAUGAAUAGCUUUGAAACCACGCGGCGAUCAGCUGGUAUCCAAACUGCUGUGAGACAGAAGUCCACAUCUACAGUGCGACUGGCGACGGAUAUUUGAUUUGUACGACCUGAUUUGUGUUCAUUUGUAUGGUUAUGCAUAUUUUGAGGCAGGUUUGUAAAGGAAGAUUUAGUGUAGUGUAUAUAAGGUCUGACAUAUUUAAGAAUAUUUGUUAGAUACAUCUACCUGAGAGAUGUUUUCAGAGAGUCAGCCAAAGUCUUUUUGUGUCACUGUUAUUAGAUAUUGUUGGUAGACUAGUGGGGCUGAAUUUUUAAAAAUGCAUGGGCCACAUAAGCGAGCCCAAAGACGGAUCGGGUGUUUAGAGUAGAUCUCUAGAACUUUUUUUUGGUUGUUUGUUUUCGUUGUGUUCUGGGUGUCCUUCAGGCAUAUUUAAUUGGGUGAUAGUACAGGGAAAGUGGCAAGAAUAUAAACGAUUGUAUUACUCAUCCAAAGCCUUAGAAUGUACCAUCGGGUCAGCACAAUGCAACAUGCCAUUUUGAAUCAUCCAGUUGCCUAAUCCACGCCAUACUAACACACACAGAGCACUAUGUAAUUGUCACUUUUUUGUCAGUGUUUUCCUAACUUUAUCGCAGGUUUUUUUCUUUAGACGAGGAGUGUUUUACUUUAUUUUGUUUGGAUGAUAUGUUGGUAUUAGUUAUUUUUUUCUUUUUUUCUCAUUAUAUUUAUCUUUCUUACAAUGAAUAUAAGGUAAAAGUGUGUUUGUGUGUUCCUCAUGCACAGUUCCCUGAAAUUCCAUGUAAUGUUAAUUUUAGUAUGAUUAUGAUUGUAAACUCAAUAUUUUCUACUUUAUGCAUAUUGUUGAACUGUAUGCAUACUGUUCAUUUCUCUAGUCUUUUUUUUGUGUUCUUUGAACAAAGAUGUUUUAUAUGAGUAUCUAACAGUGAUGAAAUCAUAGAACAGAGAGGCUAAAGUUGUCACUGUGGCAACCGUCGCCGAUAACCGAGUAAUAUUUUAAUGAUUGUAAGGUUUGUAACUAGUCAAAUAAGAAAAGAAAAAAAAAAGUCUAUUAUAAAAAUCUAGUUCUUAGAUGUUUAGAGUAAAGAUGUUAUUUUCUACUGUAUCCAUUUCAAAUAGUUACUAUUGUUUGAAUAUUUUUACUCUCCCUGGAAAUUGGGCCAUGUUGGAAAACAAGCUGCAUAUUUGAUCACUUUUUUCAGGGGCGUCGCUGACGGGGUCAGGUGAACGUGGCGAGUAGGGAGCCGAGUACCCACACUCAUCUCCUCCUCAGCUGACUGCAAACAAAAAGGGUGGGGGCGGGGAAUCUUGAGGCGAUAAAAGUGAUGAAGGUUGACUUUUUUGCACUUCUGUACAUAGUCAAAAAAGAGAGAAUCAUGUAUAUUGAGAUCUUAUUUUGAAUAAAAAAAAAAUGUCUAUAAUGACAUGGAAUUUUGCUAGGAUAACACAAAAAAAAAAUCUUAUGAAAGGCUGAACAAAAUUGCUUGCAUCAAAUAGGGCACUGAGUUCUCACUCUCCUACCCGUUUCAGAAAAGGCCAAGUGUUGCUCUUCUUUUUCGUCAGCAGCUUGUAGUUUGCCCGGUAACCUUCCGGAGGAGGCGUCCACUACACCUCCAGCGUAAGAGCCUGACUGGGUUUGUCUGGUCCCCUAACCUGCCUGUAUCUACAGGUGUGUGUGUGUGUGUGUGUGUGUCAUGGCCACACCCUCCCAGGCCCAACCGAUCACAACACGUCCUGUCUCAGAGAGGAAUGCAUGUUCAAGGAAAUACAUAUACCGUUUAAAGAAAAAAUCAUGACAGAGUAAUAUUAAAUAAGAAAACAUGUUACACAGAAAGAUGUAUUUACAAUAUACAAUAUUCUAUCGAUGUAAUGGAAUAAAAUAUAUAUAAAAAAAUACAAAAAUAGAAUAGUGGUUUAUUUAGAAAAAAAAAAUCCAGAAAAUAUACUCACUAAAGUUUCACCACUUGGAGAGUUAAAAUACAUGCAACACAAACACCAUAGUUAUAAGUAUGUUCUUUAUGUUUAUGUAAGUUGUGCUUUUAGUAGAUGAAACUGACCAAACAGGACUGUAGUUCAACAUCAGGCAGAAUUUAAAAGAGAAUCAUUUCAGAUUGAAAGAAAAAAAAAACUUUUAGUAGUUUGGUCAUAAACUCGUUAGUUUGAAAUCUUGCCCUGAUUAUGUUUGUCAUCUCUCAUCUUCUACAAGCAUGUAUGCUUACAUUUAUGAUAUAACGUAAAAGGAGCUCUUCUUUUCUCUUUUGUUUGUUUGUUGUUUGUUUUCUCUGCUUGUAGUGCCAAUAUGAUGUAUUCUGUCUUCUGCUGCGGUUUGUUUCUGCUUGUUUCAGGCCUCCUGAAAGGAUGUGUCAUGUGUGCAUGCCGGUCCCCUCCUCCGGAAAAGCACCUGUAGAGGGAAACCACACGUACGCCACAGUCUAAAGCCAUACAAUAUAAUCUCAUCAGAGCGAAGUGUGUGUGUGGAGAAGGCAGAAAUGUAACAGAGGAGGCAAAUAGUACCAUCUGAACCUGGUAUGAGUGAGUCUGCUGAGGUGUUAUUAACAACAACGUCAUGUGAAUAACUCGAGACGUGAAUGCCAACUUUGAUGGAUGAGAGUGAGACGUCUUGGCACAUUUUUUCAAGUGGCCUGUAUUGCUAUAUUGAUUCUUGCUGUUAUGAAUUCAAAAAAAUGUAAUAAAAAUUUACAAAUGAA